AUGUGGCACAGCAGGCUUUUGGUUGCUUCGGUUCGAACUACUGCCACAGGCAUCAGGCGAGUCAUGACGAUCUCGCCUGCUCAGGAAGCCAUCAUUCAAGCAGAAGAGAAGUAUGGAGCGCACAACUAUCAUCCUCUGCCAGUUGUCUUAUGCAAAGGACAAGGCACAAAGCUUUGGGAUGUAGAUGGCAAAGAAUACUUCGAUUUUCUUUCUGCGUAUUCGGCAGUGAACCAGGGCCACUGCCAUCCCAAGAUCAUCGGGGCUUUGCAAGAACAAGCACAAAAGUUGACCUUGACAUCAAGAGCGUUUCACAAUGAUGCGUUAGGCGAGUACUGCAAGUUUGUGACGGAGUUCUUUGGCUUUGAACGCCUGCUGCCAAUGAACACAGGCGUGGAAGCGGGCGAAACAGCUAUUAAGCUGGCUCGGCGAUGGGGUUAUGAUGUGAAGAAGAUAGCACCAGGAAAGGCGCAAGUGAUCUUCGCAAACGGCAACUUUUGGGGCCGCACGAUUGCGGCUAUCAGCACAUCAGAUGACCCAAGUUCGACUACAGGCUUUGGACCGUUUGUGCCAGGAUUUUCAAGCGUGGCAUAUGAUGAUCCAGCCGCUCUCGAGGCCAAAUUGAAAGCUCACGGAGAUGAAGUUUGCGCGUUCAUGGUGGAGCCAAUCCAGGGUGAAGCAGGCGUUGUCGUACCAUCUGAUGGAUACUUGCGGCGUGUCCGCGAACUUUGCGACAAGUACAACGUGCUGCUCAUCACUGAUGAAGUGCAGACAGGGCUUGGCCGUUGUGGGACACUUCUUGCAUGUGAUCAUGACGGCAUCCGUCCUGACAUCUUAGUCCUUGGCAAGGCGCUAUCUGGCGGAGUUCUGCCGGCUUCCGCAGUGCUCACCUCACAUGAGGUUAUGCUGACAAUUCGUCCAGGAGAGCAUGGCAGCACGUACGGUGGGAAUCCGCUGGCUUGCAGAGUAGCCACUGCGGCGUUGACUGUUCUCAAGGAUGAAGCUCUGACGGAGAAUGCAGCCGAGCGAGGUGAACAGCUGCGUGCAGGUUUGCGAAAGCUCUCCCAAGAUGAAGGCUCGCCCAUCAAGCUCGUGCGUGGUCGUGGCUUGUUGAACGCAAUUGUGAUCGGUGGCUCUGACAGGGGCAACUACGGUGAUGAAGGCCUUGCAUGGCAACUGUGCGAAGAAAUGUGCAAGAAUGGCUUGCUUGCCAAGCCCACUCAUGGAACCAUCAUUCGGCUUGCUCCGCCUCUGUGCAUCACUGCGGCGGAGAUCGAUGAGUGCAUUGCAAUCAUUGCAAAGAGUCUCAAGUGCUUGGCUUGA